AAGUCACAGCCUCUUAUCAAGAAAACAGUUAACAGAAUAGAGAAAGACACUUUUCUCUCUCUCUAACUUCUUAUGAACCCAACCCACAGACACAACGAAAAAUAACAAAAGACGACCCAAAACUAAUCCCAACAUCAAUCCAUAUUUUCUCUCUGAAAUUGGUUGAUCGAGUAAGUGGCAGAGAACAACCUUCAACACCACAUGGGUCUCUGCUUCUCCUCCUCUUCCUCUCCUUCGCCCAACCCUCCUAACUACUCAGGUUCAACGAGUAACGUGGGGUUCUCCGCCACCACCAGCAGCUUCGGGAAGAGCCAAUUCUCGGAGAUUGCGAGUGGGAGCAUCGACAGCGAAGGGUCUCUUCCGUUUUGUUCCCCUGACGGCCAGAUUCUGGAACGGCCCAACUUGAAGGAGUUCAGUUUCGGGGACCUGAAAUCCGCGGCCAAGAGUUUCAAGGGCGACACAUUGCUGGGUGAAGGUGGGUUUGGCAGAGUCUACAAGGGCUGGUUGGAUGAGAAGAACCUUACCCCUGCCAAACCAGGCUCUGGCAUGGUCGUCGCCAUCAAAAAAUUGAACCCCGAAAGCACCCAAGGCUUUCAAGAAUGGAAGUCAGAAGUGAACUUUUUGGGAAGGCUUUCCCACCCCAACCUCGUCAAGUUAUUGGGCUACUGUUGGGACGAGGAUGAACUUCUUCUUGUGUACGAGUUCAUGCCCAAGGGAAGCUUGGAGAAUCAUCUCUUUCGAAGAAAUCCUAACAUAGAACCACUUUCUUGGAACACCCGGCUUAAAAUAGCUAUUGGUGCUGCUCGUGGACUUGCAUUCUUGCACACAUCGGAAAAAGUUAUAUAUAGAGAUUUCAAGGCCUCAAAUAUACUCCUUGAUGGCAGUUACAAUGCAAAAAUAUCAGAUUUUGGCUUGGCUAAAUUGGGACCAUCUGGGGGACAGUCACAUGUAACUACAAGAGUCAUGGGCACCUAUGGUUAUGCUGCACCAGAAUAUAUCGCAACAGGGCACUUGUAUGUGAAGAGUGAUGUGUAUGGAUUUGGUGUAGUGCUUCUUGAAAUACUGACAGGCAUGAGGGCACUUGACACAAGAAGGCCAACAGGGCAGCAGAACCUGGUUGAAUGGACCAAGCCCUAUCUCUCUUCCAAAAAAAAGUUGAAAACAAUUAUGGAUUCUAAGAUAGAGGGUCAAUAUUCACCCAAAGCUGCAUUACAAGCAGCACAACUUACUCUAAAAUGCCUAGAGCAUGACCCUAAACAACGUCCUUCAAUGAAAGAAGUUCUUGAGGGAUUGGAAGCCAUUGAAACCAUCCAUGAAAAAACCAAGGAAUCCAAAACCCGCAAUUCUCAUAACAUUUCUCAUCAGCAUUCUCGGCAGAGAGUUGUGAGGGUAUAAAUAAAUUUGUAUACAGAAAACCCACUAGAAACUCAGAUGAGUAGUUGUGUGGUCUAUUGACCGGGGUUUUGGAUCAGUCACAUGAUACAAAAGGUUUUUUUCCUAGUUUUUCUUUCUGGUUGGAAGGGGAGAAAUUUUACAAGCCUUUUUACAUGUAUGAUUUUUUUGUUGAAUUAUUUAUGUUUUUAGUGGGAACAUAUUUUUUACGUGCGAGAAGGGGAAAUAGCUUUGACUAUAGUUGCUAAUGUGUCAUAUUUUCAAGACUUUUUCUUUCAAUGGAAAAUUGAUCAGCUUAUGUACAUCACGAAUAGUAAUUAUAUGAAUAUUUUUAUUUAUCAUAUACUAUUGAUUGUUGUUAUUUA